GCCCAGGUUUGCAAAGGCCGGGCCAGGCCGGGCAUGUUGGCGGCGCUGCGCAGGGGGCCGGGCCUGCUGGCGGUCGCGGGGAGACGCUGCUCCGGGGCGCGCCUGCCGGCCGGGCGGCACAUGGCCCGGGGCGGGCGGGGGGCCGCCUGCGGAGCGGGGUCCCUGCGGGGGCGGAGCGGGCCCAGCCCCGGGGGCGUCCUGGCCGCCCUGGCGGCUUUCUCCUUUUUCUCUAAAAAUGCUGAGGAAGAGAAGGAGACAAAGGAAGGGGAGGGUGCAAGGACUGAAGACACCAUUAUAUUCCUUUUGAAGAAAGCCAAGCUCAGCAUCAUGAAGGGGGAGCUUGAGGAAGCAGAGUGGAUUCUGCACGAAGCCGUCCGACUCUCCCAUCAGUUGGACAACAAGAGAGCCAUCAUCUAUACCUAUGACCUGAUGGCAAACCUUGCGUUCCUGAGGGGUCAGCUGGACAGCGCAGAGAAGCUCUUCAAAGCAGCAAUGAGCUUCUUGCUAGCUGGUGACAUGAAGCAGGAUGACAAUGCCAUCGUUGAAAUGUCCCUCAAGCUGGCUAGUAUCUAUGCUGCUCAGAACCAACACGAGCUGGCUCUCGCUGGCUACGAGUUCUGCAUCCUGACCCUGGAUGAGAAGAUAGCCAAAUACAAGGACUUGCCUGAAGAUGUCCUCCCAGAGGAAAGAGCCAAUACGUAUCUCCUGCUUGGUCUGUGCCUGGACUCGUACGGUCGCUACCUCCUGGCCAACAAACAGCUGCUUCGGGCCCAAAGAAUGUAUGAGAGGGCACUUCAGAUCUCCAAGGAGGUCCAGGGAGAGACCCAUCCCCAGACUGUGGUACUGAUGAAUGACUUAGCAACUGUGCUGGAUGCCCAGGGGCUCUAUGAUGAGGCAUAUACACAUGGGAAGAGGGCAUCUGAAUUGGCAAAGCAGACUGAGCACCCUGAGGAGCACAUGGUGCUGAAUAACCUUGCAGGAAUUCUGAUGCACAAAGAUGGAGAACAAUUCUCUUUCAACCCUGAACUAAACCCCACUCCUCCCUGGUUUGUGCCUGACUGUUCCAAGCAGUACUUUCAGUAUAAUCACUCAGUAGGAGGUGGGUGUAACAUUCACCUAGCCUUCUUUCUCCACUGAAUGCAGAAGACUUUCUGCAAGCAAAACAGGUGUACAAAAAAGCCCUGAAACAGGCAGAGCUGAAAGGAGACACUGCAUCCAGGCAGCACAUCCAGGAGGAACUAGCAGAGUUGGCCAGGAGGAGAAAGCACUCAAACUGAACAUAUGAUGCACAAAUGAGGGAGGCUUGAAGUAUCUUGGUCUGAAUGAACUGCUGAAGGCAAGGUGGUGGAUUAUACAAAGCAAAGCACAGGAAAGCUGGGACCUGUUUGCUAUUUUCAGUGGGAACUAAGAUAGCUAAUUAUAGGUUCGGUACUGAGUAAGUACAAGGGCGGGGGAGAGGAAGGAGGUACUGCUCUUGAUGGCUUUGACAAACUCAAAAUAAAGCUUUGAUUGAAUUGGGAGACUGAAGGCUCAUUAGUCCAUGAACAGAGUGCACAUGUGAACACUGAACUGUACUUGAAUUACCAGGUUUAAAUGUUAGCCUCUGCUUUAAUUUGUGGUCACCAGGGGAAGUGGAUUCACUUGAAGUAGUGACCAGUGCCUUUUAAAUAUUACAACAAUCAUGGGAGCUCCUGCUGAAUGCUUCAGCUGCAACUGUAAAACUAUCCCUAGGGCUGUCUUACUUUCCCUUUGCCCUGCUAGUGCAGCACUAGGGCCUGGCCCCACCAUGCAGAGAUCUUUACAUAGAAGGAAAGAGGGCAGAGGAUGGUAGUAAAAAGCAGUUUCAUUUAGCUUUUAAGGGAGAAGGGACAGAAUUAAUACAGGCCUAAUUAAUACUGCUUUUUUUUUUUUUUCUUCCAGUGGCAGGGAAGCACUUGACAGCUAGACUGCUGGGAGAGGCUACUGUAGAGAAGGAUUAUCAAGAGGGGACACCCAAACUUUGCCCAAGUGAGUGCCAGACUGAUGACUUGCCAAGAGCAUAAUCACUACCACCAUCUCAAUGCAUUUGAUUGGUAUAUCUUAAAGCAAUUGACAAUGGAGGUAAGUAUCAAUAUUUCUAUUAUACAGAGAAUCUGAAGCAUAAAGUGGUUAAGUGACACGCACAAGGUCAGUGCCAGAGUCAGGAACAGAACCCAGGGCUCCUGACUCUUAGUCCUGUGCCUUAGCCACUCAAUCAUGUUGCCUCUGAAAGUUAAGAGGAGAUUCAGUUUUCAUCACUCUGGGGCCUAAACCAGUUGAUUCUUUUAAAACACAUUAGUUGCAAUGAGAAACUCAAAGAUUGUAUUUUGAGAGGUGGUUGCACAUAUGGAGUCUUUCACCCAUGCCUCUCCAAGUGCUUUACAUAUAGUGAAUUUCAUCAUCUCUGGGAAGUAGAUAGGUACACACCAUCUAUAAAAAGGGUAGACAGAGAGUGGCUAAGUGAUUUGCCCACAGUAGCAGAAUCAGAAACAGAAUUUAUGAGUCUUGACUCCUACUACACUGCUCUUGCCAUUAGACAAUACUGAGAUUAAAGCUGCUGCUGACCACUCAGAGAUACAAGUUGAUAUAGCAAGUUCAGUUUUUAGACAUACCUCUGUUCGGCAGGCUCAGUUCUUUGGGAAAGCAAUAUAAUAUUGUCUUGUUUCUCAUGUACAACUGGGACCUGAGGCGGUGAGAUUGGCUCAUAGGGUUCUGAAGAGACAUGACUUCUCUCUGGGGACUUCCCAGGUCUAAAUUUUCAAUACAAAAAAGAGGUACUCUUCACAUGUGUAACAAGCACAGUUAAAAACAAACUCCAGUAAUCAAUGAUCAAGACUAUAUUGCUAAUAUAUCAUUUAAGUCUAUGGUAUCCCUUGGUAUAAAAGAUAUUACAGAAACAAGACUUCAGACUAUCCACAUAAAUUAUUAAUUUCUAUGAGCUCUACGUGUUUAAGUCUCUUUCUUCCCUCAAAGCUUGGAGCUCAAGUGCAGAUAAAUCUAGUAUAAAUGUGGAGAUGGCUAUAAUCUACAAUGCAGCACCAGUCAGUGUUUAUCAUUUUCCUUACUACACUGUUAGAAAGUUACGCCAUAUAUUCCUUCUGUUUGUUGAAGAAAGUAGACCAAAAAUUUAAGUUGCCUUUGGACAGCUAAGAAAGGUUGAAGGAUAAACCUACUUCAAAUCAAUUAAGCCUAAUCCACCGUUAAUUUUUAUUGGCUACUUAUACAGGCAUUGGUUGAAUUUACAGUUAAACCAAAAAAGCCACCACUUCACCUUGCUCUGGAUUUGUCAGAGAGAUUUUCAGGAGACACUCUGGCACUUGGCCGUUGAUGGUGAACAGACUGUGACUGUGACUCGGGACUGUAGCGGUUUGAAGCCUUUGCCCGAGUAGGGGUAGGAGCUGAAGCAGGAGCAGAGUUCUGGAAUGUACUAGUCGGAGGUUGCAGGGGUGGCUGUGAGGCUGCUUGGUUUCUAGCAAAGUCUUGUGUAAUAAUUUGCUGGUUGGGGGCAAAAAACAAAAACAAAAAGUGGUCAAAAAUUUGGCCUACAUUCUCUCAUUGUAGGACCAAAUGCAACUAGCAUCACACACACCAAACAUGAGACAAUCUGAACUUCAGUCAUGUGAUAUAUGUAACAUGUCAGUUUCACUACCAAUACCAUAACCUAUUACAACUCUCAAAUAAAAUGUAGCGUUUCAAUGUUUUGAAAAUAUAAAAUAAUCCCAAAGUUACUUGCAAAAUUAACCUACACAGAUAUGGUCAGCAAGUGUGAUCAGACGAUGGGUCCUAGGUACAUGUCCGAUCCCUUCUGCCUGAGAGGAAGGCAGUGGAGGCUGCUGUGGAGAAGGAGAUUCCUGUUGUGUCCUAUAUCGGUGAACUGGACCUUCAUACUGCCUGUUGGCAUCACCUAGUUUCC